CCCCCCCCCCGGGGCUCGGACCCGCGCCCAGCGCUGGGCUCCGCGGGGCUGCGUCUGAUGAGAAAUGGAAAUCUGGCUCAAAGUCAUCCUUCCUGUUGUUGACAUCACCUGAGAACUCCGCUGAAAAAAUAUUUCCAGGAGUUUACUGCAAGCGGCGGCUUCCCCUGAGGACUCGGCGCCUUGAGCAGUGUGCUGCACUGUGGUACAGGCACCCGCUGUGUCAGUCAGCACAGGAGAAGACUGAAGCUGGCAUCCCCAUUGUCCCCAGCCAGAGGCUGCCCUGCAAGACACAGCUGUGAAAUGUUCAUCAGAAAAAACUGAAGGGUAGAUCCUUAAAAGUCCAGAGGAUGGCAUAGCAACAACGUCACCAUCCAGGGAGCUGGCAGUCCUUCCUUGCCUGUCUGCACGGUGCUUGCACCGAUCCCAAGCCUUUGUUUUUGGACCGAAGAAACCUGAAAACCUCUCUCUCCUAAUUCAUGAGCCAGCAGGAUGUGGUCGCUGUGCUUUCAGAACGCCUGCUCGUAGCUGCCUACAAAGGCCAAGUGGAGAAUGUGGUGCAGCUUAUCAACAGGGGUGCCAAGGUAGCCGUUACCAAGCAUGGCCGGACUCCCCUGCAUCUUGCUGCCCACAAGGGUCAUCUCCACGUUGUCCAGGUUUUGUUGAAGGCAGGUUGUGACUUGGAUAUUCAGGAUGAUGGUGAUCAGACAGCGUUGCACCGGGCUGCUGUUGUAGGGAACACUGAUGUUAUAGCAGCUCUGAUUCAAGAGGGCUGUGCUUUGGACAGACAAGACAAGGAUGGGAACACUGCUCUUCAUGAAGCUUGUUGGCAUGGAUUCAGUCAGUCUGCCAAAGUGCUCGUUAAAGCUGGAGCCAACGUUCUUGCCAAGAACAAGGCAGGUAACACACCUCUUCACCUGGCUUGCCAGAACAGCCAUUCCCAGAGUACUCGUGUUUUGUUACUUGGAGGAUCUCGAGCAGACCUUAAAAAUAAUGCAGGAGAUACCUGUCUGCAUGUGGCUGCUCGUUAUAAUCACUUGCCCAUCAUUAGGGUGCUGCUCAGUGCUUUCUGUUCUGUCCAUGAAAAGAACCAGGCAGGGGAUACUGCACUCCACGUAGCUGCUGCUCUGAAUCACAGGAAGGUGGUUAAGCUGUUGCUGGAGGCAGGGGCUGAUGCAUCUGUUGUCAACAAUGCAGGUCAGACCCCUCUAGAAGUUGCCAGGCAGCACAAUAACCCUGAGGUUGCACUUCUUCUCACAAAAGCAUCGCAGGUCUCACGCUUUAAUCGUGGAAGAAGCCUGAGGAAGAAAAGAGAGAGGCUGAAGGAGGAAAGGCGAGCUCAGUCGGUGCCACGGGAUGAAGUGGUACAGAGCAAGGGCAGUGUCUCAGCUGCUGACGACACACCGAGCAGUGACCAGCCGCCACAGAGGAAGAGUGAUCCGAAGGAUGAGCCCCGGUCAACCUCACCAGACCCCAAGGGGAAGAAGAGCAAAAAGAAAAAGCCGAAGGAAAAGGUGUCAGCCCUCUCGGACCCCAUCUCCCCAGCGGAUCAGCAGACGCUGCCGCAGCCCCAGCAGAACGCGGCGAAGCGCCGGAGCAAACACCACUGCCCCUCCCCGCCCCCGCCCCACCAGGUCCGAGCCUACCAGCUCUACACGCUCUACCGGGGGAAGGAUGGGAAGGUGAUGCAGGCACCAAUAAAUGGAUGUCGUUGUGAGCCCCUGAUAAAUAAACUGGAGAAUCAGUUGGAGGCAACAGUGGAAGAGAUAAAAGCUGAGUUCGGAACAGUACAAGAUAAGAUGAAUGUUAAGCUGGGCCAGAUGGAAAGCAAAACUCAGCAUCAACUCCGUGUUUUGGACAAGCUGAUGGCUGAGCGGCUGUCUGCAGAGAGAGCAGAGUGCCUGCACCGCCUGCAACAGCAUGCUGAGCUGGAGAAAAACGAGGGGGAGAAACGGCAGACGUCCUUGGUUGAUGAGCUGAAGACUUGGUGCAUGUUGAAGAUUCAGAAUCUGGAGCUCAAGCUUUCUGGAGACUCCAGGUCAUCGAGACCAAAAUCAACUUUGUCCACUUGUGAGUCUCUCACAGAGACCCUGGAUACUGAGAACAACCCCCACAGUGCCAAGGACUGCAAAGCCACCCAGCCUGCACUGCAGCCAGAGGGCUCCCACCAGCAUUCCUACAUCGCGCUCCCAAAUAGCCUCUCGGACGACGGGGGAAGGAGCAGAGUCCAAAUGCCAGAACAGAGCUUUGGGCAACAUUUUUGCGUUCAGCAAGAUGGUGUGUCAGGUACAGAGCAGCAGUUAAUCGUUGGUGGUCCAGUCUCUUCUUCUGCCCUUGCUCAAGAUGUCAGGCCAAAGGACAAAGCUGCUAGUGCCAGCACGUUCCACAGGUUCCAGCAGGAGUUGCCCUCCUCUGAGGUUUUGGCCUCCAAAUUAAGACACGUUAAGGUUCAAGCUGCUUUGCAGCCUUUGAGUGAACCUUCGAAGACUGAACCACAGAGUGGCCACUUCAUCGACAAGGGAACUCAGACAAAGAAGUCCGUCAGAAGCAGUCAGUCAAGGCACAAAGCUCUGCACCACCCGGGGGCACAUCAGAGCCAGGAGCAGCAGCCCUGUGCCCCACCUGCAGGACAGCCUGCCCCAGCACUCAGAGACACCUCCCAGGCUCUGGAGAUAACACAGUACUUCUUCGAGGCUGUUUCCACCCAGAUGGAGAAGUGGUAUGAACGGAAGAUAGAAGAAGCCCGAUGCCAAGCUAAUCAGAAAGCACAGCAAGACAAAGCUGCGCUCAAGGAACACAUCAAAAGCUUAGAAGAGGAGCUCAGCAAAUUAAGGACUAAGGUGCAGAAGGAGAGCUAGCACCUACCAAGCAGGUACAGAUGAGCAGACUCACAGAAUCAUUCUGGUUGGAAAAGACCUUUAAGAACUUUGAGUCCAACCAUGGGACUCAUUUUGGAACCUGUUGUAUAGGGAUCUGGAAUAUUGUUAUAUACAUUUGUAGUGUCUGUUACAUCCAAACAAUGCUCUUUUUCAGGAGUAGAAAUAAUUUUGGAAACUCCAGAACCAAGGAGAAUUCAUAUGCAGACUACUGAUGACAAUGAGAUGCUGCAGAUUAGAUCCUUUCUUUGUUAUUUCCAGGAGUCUGUUAAAUAUUGCACUCUCCAUUCCAGGUGCUGCCUGAAGACACAUUGCAUUAGAAACCAAAACUGCUUUCUGAAAAGGGAAUUUCCUUAUUUCCACAUAGGUCAUGUGUGGCUAGCGGCUUCCACUGUGUGCUACACAUAAACAUGUGGCUGUACCAAUACUGAACUGAAGUAAAUCCGGGAUGCUUGAGAGCUUUUGACAGGAAUUCCUCAGUGAUGAAGGGCUAUUGAUACUAUUUUAGGUGCACCCCAUGGCCUCUCUUUAGUCAGGAGAGAGAAGCUACAGAACCAACUCCAACUACAAGCCCAGGCAGGUGACAGAUGGAGGCUUCCAGCUGGGAGAGGCCAGGCUGCCAUGAGUGAGGUGCUGAGGUGAGUUACCCAUGAGGUACAGAGGCUGCAGUUGCCACUUUGCUCUUCUUUUGGUUUCACGUUAUUAUAACAAAUGCUACAUUAGAUUUGUCUUUUUUUAAUGCUGUCUUGAUGGCAAAGCUUGUGGUUACAUGCUUGCCAGGGCCAUACUUGAGUAAUCUGAGUUUUGUUUAGGGCAUGGAUGGCAAGUAUUUUACCAUAACCAUGCUCUACUUGUUAAGUGUAAUUGUUUAUAUAAAUCUCUUUCCCCUCAAGCAGCAAAUGUCUGAAUUCUCUACUACUGAAGAAGCUUGAAAAAGUCCUUUAUCUAAACACACAGGUUCCCUGGAUUUUCUCCCAGACACCUUGUCCACACUGUCUCUUCAUUGAUCUGAAUGAUUCCUCUCUAUUUUCCCUUGUAUCUCAAAAAAGAGGCUGGGCCCUGGCGAGUUUACUGGUCUCAGGACUGGUUUCACCAACAGACCCACAAAACAGAACUCAACACCAUUU